AUGUGGUCGAAGGGACCGUUCAAAUCACGUCGCCCAAUUGGCAACCCCACAUUCGCGGAUAAAACGUCACUCUCUGCGGAUCCCGCGCGGUAUGCCAACGCCAAGGACUUGCCUGCGCUGCCAUACGACUCAACUAUUUCAGUGAAGGGUGCUCAAGUUGACCAAGCCACCGCGCCUAUGCCUCCUGCGCGCAAUAGCCUUGAGAACGAACAAUAUCCAGAUGUAUCUCCGGCCGUUUCGCCUGAAUUGGGGCCUCGAGUCCGCGAUAGCGGAAGCAGUUUCUGUGUAUCACCAAUAGAGGAGAGCGAGACUGAUCGAGGGUUCCGUCACGAUCGAACGGGUUCUUGGGGCUAUGGAGUCGCUGCUCCUGCCCCAUCUCGUGCAGUUAAUACUGAGCCUUUGCUGUCUGAACCCUCGCAGUCGGCACCUAAGACGAUCAAAUUCACGCCAAAUAGCGAUGAGCAACCUACUCGCUGGGAUGCAUACUCGGGCGAACCAACAAAGAGCAACGCCGGCAGAGCAGGCCAAGUAGAGCCGCGCAACACGAACUUUCACAAGGUAUCCGGAUCACACACUACCAACUUCUUGCAUUGGGGCCGCGAGCAGCUGCAGCCCAAGAAGAAGUUUGCACAAGCGCGGGGCCGGAUCAGCAGUUUCUCCAAGAACGAGAAUAAUCGCGCGCCAGAAACCCGCGAUCGAUCGUCGUCACGUGUGUUGCCAUUGGCAGAGCAUUCCGUCAAUAAAGACGCGAUUUCCCAACCUAAAAAUCCUAAUUUGGGUUUCGUCCCCACGGUCGUUACCACGAUUACUGGCGGCAAUCCUAAACCGUUGCCAGAGAGACCGGCCACCGAGCAUGCCUACAAGGCCCCUCGGCGGGAGAUAUCGAACAACAAUCUUGACCCAGCAAUAGACGACAUGUUGCGGUCCGCACAGCCUCCGAGUCGUUUUGGCGUGCCGAAUACUGCUGGCGCUAUGGAUACCGGCAGCGUCACUGCAAGCCCAGACGACAGCCCGCGCACAAGUCUAAACCUAGGAACGAAGUCUACAGAGGACCUCCCGGGUUCUAUCAUGUCGCGCCGGCGCCCGGUCCCCAUUUCCAUGCCCACCUCAAAGAAGCCAGUAAGAAAGCCCAUUCCCUCGGUGGCCGUUCAAGAGCCAACAUUGGCAACCCAGUCCGACGACGCCCCCAAGGAUACGUUAGGUCGCAUUGAGGCCUUCGAGGCCCGACGUGACGAGCUCGCGAAACGCAGAUUUAACCUGGAGACGGUGAUUCACGAGUUGACCCGGGUAAUUCAGCCGGGGUCUAUCGCGUAUGAUCUCGCCGCGAAGGCGGAGGUUAAGCGCAGCGUGCAGAGCAUCGAGAACGAGAUUGCGGAGAUCAAGCGUGAAGAGCACGAGCUUGGAUUGAAGGUUACCCGCGCGUGGAGACGGUUGGAUGAGAGGGAGAAUCAUGGUGAUGGAAGUAACUUGUGGGUCAAGCGCGUCACCAGUUGA